UGAAUUCCUCUUGGCCAGUCCUUUUCUGACCGUAUCAUGAGGCGUGUGCAGGCCUGUAUACAGCACAUGCUGGAGCCCGCACACUGCGCCGCGUUCUUACUGAACCCCCGUCACCGGGAUGUUCAGUACUUCUCCGCACAGCUCGACUGGCACCACACUUGGCUUGUUCGACAAGCCAAGAGGUAUAUGUUGUCUCAGACAGGCCACGACGAGUCGGGUGGUCGUUAUCUUGAGGUAUGUCGGCAGUUCGAGGACUUUCACUUGCAGCAGGGUAGGUAUGGGUCUUGGGUCGGGGCAGAGGGCCGCGCUCGAGCGAGUAGUUGCAGCGGAGGCUGCGAGACGUUGGAGUGUGCGUCGUGGUGGUCUCAGUACGGGGGCUAUGCACCCGAUUUACAGCAGUGCGCUAUUCGUUUGAUGCACAUGUGGUCCUGCGCCUCUCCAGCGGAGAGGAACUGGACGGUUCACGAGGGCAUCCAUAUGAAGAAGCGUAAUCAGUUGGCCUUCGAGAAGGUCGUUCAUCUUGUUGAGAUCACCGCAAACGUGCGGUUGAUAGAGUAUAGACGUGCAGGUUGUGGAUAUGUCCUCCCUUGGCAGCGAGACGAGGGCAUGCUUGACGCUCAGGCGGGAUUGGACGUGGAGCCUGUGCGCUCGGGGACGAGGAGUGGGAUGACAGAGGAGGAGAUCGAGGAGCAGGAUGCCCUCAUUGCGCGCGAUCCCAUUGAGUCUUCCGCGCCGCCCCCUGUUGAGUCUGUUUUCGGUGCUCGUGCGACUAUCUUUCGCCCAUACCCCAGGGACGAUGACUUUGCGGACGAGAGGGAGUCCGAAGCAGCGGACGACCCGAUGCUUCCCAUCCCGCGUGAGAUUGAUGAGUUGCACGAGGGGGGCGACGUGCGUGACGAGAGGAUGCACACCGCGCGGAGGGCGGCAGACGAGCGAGACAUGGAUAUGAUGGGGGGCGAGGAGUUUUGGGGAUCUUUCGGGGGCACGGAGGAGAGAUCACCCACUGCCGCGCGGGAGGAUACGCGUCCUUGCACGACCUUGCGGGAGGAGACGCCUGCUCCCCUGACUGCGAGUGAGGAGCCGCGUCCUGCCACGACAGUGCGGGAGCGGACGACUGUUUCGUCGACCGCGCAGGAGCAGACGCCUGCUUCCAAGACCACGCGAGAGCAGACGAGUAUUCCCGCUACACACCCGUCAGCUCGUUUGGACCCGCGUGCAUCGAGGGACUUGGGGGAGAUGGGUGUUCAUAGAGGGGCACCACCGGUGGAGGCGAGGGAGAGACGAGCGAAGGAGCACGGAGCCGCCGGAGCGGGCGGAGUUGAGGGUAUUCGGGGUAUGGAGGAGGAGGUAGCUGGAGUAGUGGGGGCCGUGGUGGAGGUAGAUGAUGGUGUGCACGUCGAGAGAGAGGAGGGCGUGCUGCCAUCGGAGGUUGAGAGAGAGGACAAUGUGGUGAGGACGCAGGAGGCGACGAUGAGGGACGAUGAGGGAGAGGAGGCUGUGGCAGGGGUAGACGAGAGUGUGGUAGGGGUAGAUGAUGGUGCUGCCCAGGUUGAGAUGGAGGAGGAUGUGGUGAGGGCAGAUGCUGCUGCGUUGGUUGGGGGAGAGGAGGGUGUGGUAAGGGGGGGCGUCGCCCAUGGUACAGGAGAGGGAGGCGGCGACCUUGACCCGAUCAGAGAGGAUGUGGCGCGUGCCCUAGCGGCCGCUGGGUACUUCACACAGGAGAUCGAGCAGGCAUUUGCAGGACGCUCCGGGAGAGAGACAUACACGCUUCAACAGGGGUGCGAGGAGGUAGUAGAGCAGCCACAAGAGGAGCGUGAGGAUGCACCCCCUGCGGAUAUCCCCGGAGGUAGCAGUUCGUUCGUACCGUUCACGGGCUUGCAGAUGACGACGACGAUGCGGCCAGUUCGACCGUGUGUGCACGGGUCAGGUUCUGGGGAGGAGGCAUUUGUUCAGGUACCACCGGUCAUAGUCGUAGAUUUAGGAUCUGAGGCAGUUCUUCAUACACCUGUUACUGGGCGGCGAGCUCCUCAGGAUACAGCUCGCCUAUUGGAUUUCGCGGAGCUCGCACAGGCUGCUGUGCGUGACAUGACAUGGCGGGAGGACACCGACUCUAGCAGACCACGUAUGCCGCCUCCUCCUCCGAGAUCACGUCACAACGAUUCCCCCUCGACACCAGUCGGUCAGCCCCCCCGUUCAGCAUCCACGCCCACCAGACCCAGGGUUCGUGACACGACGGUCGUAGGGAGCCUCCCUCUUGACACGUCGCUAUUCGGGAGGACGGAUAUCGACCUGGACUCCAUACGUCGGGUCACAGUGCACACUGCACGACAGCAGCCAGGUUUGGGUGGGGCUGACACCGGGAGGGGUGCGCCGAGGGAGGUCAUGGCGGCAGUAUCUCAGCCGCGAGAUGUUCGCGGGGUUGGACAGGCCGGGUGUACCUUGCAGGCCGCUUUGGCAGCAGAAGCGCGUGCUGUGCGUGAGCAGACAUCGCGCAGGAGCGGAGUCGGUCGUACGAGUUCCAUGCCUCAGAUGAUGCCUGCCACGGGGGAUGCCGCAUUGGAGGAGUCUUCUGGAGCCGAGGGGUUGGAGAUGCCGCGCGGUUCUCCUCGUGAGAAGACAGUCGCAGAGGUGACUCAGGUGAGUGCUAGGCUUGUUCGGGUGAGGACGGGGGCUGCCCAUGUGACCGUGGUGGAGGACGAUCCCGAGACGGAGCCUGCAUGUGAGGAGGGCCCACAGGAGGGUGACGAGUACAAGGACGACGAGGAGCGUGAGGAGGAGGAGAGCGAGAACGGGGAUGAUGACAGCUACCACGACGACGACGACGAGCCCUCCCCUCCACCGCGGCAUGGUUCUCGUAGACGACGUGGCUCUCGUAGAGGACAUGAUGACGUAGACGACCCGUCCCCUCCAGGGCGGUGGGAGACGAGGAGUCGGAGGAGGCGAGGGUCAUCCGUUGCGACGAGGAGUCAGAGGGGCGAGGGAGUGUUUCGUCGACACGCAGCACGAGUGGGACGAGGCAGAGAGGCAGUGGUAAGGGGAAGGGAAGUCGACGGUAUUGACAGCUUCGUUCCCCUUCCAGUGCUUCCGCGACGCCUUUAUGUUGUUUGUGCUUAGUGUUCUGACGUUUUUGUAUAUUGUUUAGGAUGAUGUUCAUAUAGUUAGGUUUUAGGGACUUCGGACCAGUUCAUGGACUUCA